UCGUUUGGAACGGAUGCCAGCAACGGAGCAGGCAGUGAAAUAGUAUCGCUAAAUUUAAUAAUACAGUGAUUGUGAAUUUUUUUUUCCAUAAAAUAUUUGCCAAAGCAAUGAAAUCGCGUUACGCGUGUGAAACUAAAUUAUACAAAUAAAACGGUGUUUGUGUGUGUGUGCGUGUGUAAAAUACAUAUGUAUAUGCAUUGGUUUGUGCGUGUAUGCGAUUUAUAUGCAUUUCUUUAUGAUGAGAAAAUUUUAAUCGCUGCAAAGUAUACAUACAAAAUUUAAUGAAAAACGCAAGAAGUAAAGUGAGUGCAAAAGUUGUGAAGCAAAACGCUUGCAUAAAAGCUGCAAUAAGCAAAAAAUUUAUUGUAAAAUAAAGUUAAGAGUGAAAAAACCCCAAUAGUAAAACAUUAUACAUACAAGUUGAGCAGGAAUACUAACUAACACAAACGCAGCCGUGUGCGUGUGCUGAAGCAGAGUCUUUGUUCGACGAGGCAGUCAGCGCAUUUAGAAUUGAAAUCGUUCGCUAAACAUCGCGGAAGAAGCAGAGCAUAAGUGCUAAAGUGGAAAAAGAUAUAAUAGAAAAGAAAAAUAGGGGGUGUGAAAUACAGACCUCUAAAAUUAACGUAACACAAGAAAAUUGUAAAAGAACAACAAUUCCGUCUUUGCUACGGUUAGCGCCAAAGUAGCUGGAUUUACACUGUUUUACGCCGAAGGGAAUGGUAUAUUUCUUGGGGGAUUGGGGCAUGGGAGAUUCUGACUGUACGUCAUAUCAUCAACAUGUUCCAACAAUACAACAGACCACUUUGCAUGCCCACAGUCAUAGCCAACACCAGCACCAUCAUCAUCAACAACAACAACAACAACAGCAGCAGCAACAACAUGUACAGCAAAUUCACGUACAACAGCAGCAAAAUGAGCAGCAACGCCUCGAAUUGCAAUUACAAUUGCAACAACAGCAACAACAACAUAUUGGCGAAAUUGCACCUACAUUAGGUCAACUAUCGCCCAUUCAAUUUGGCAGCGGCACACCAGAUGCUACAAUAUUGCUGGGCAAUACUCUCACAGCUGUACAACAACAACAGCAGCAACAUUUGUUAGCUAACUCACCGCAACAUGUGGCGAGCAGCACUUUGGUUACAGCCAAUUUGCAGCAAUUGUCUGUGAGCAGUAACAGCCGCAGUGAUAGUCACUGUUCGACCCCAAUUAAGUCAACAGUGCUUGAUGCUUUUGAUAAUACCGCCUAUCAGCAAUUGCAGCAACAACCUACUCAACAGUUAAAACAGCAGCAAUCGUUGCCAACACAAGCACACCCGCUUGCCUCGGCGACAGCUGCUUUGCAUCAGUAUUUGGGUCGUCAACGUUCCGAUUCGUGUGCCGGUAAUGUUGGCAGCUGUACGAAUGCACCAUCCACGCCGGCAGCAGCAAAUACUUUCCUGCAGCCACAGCUGAGUAAGGAUCUUCUGGAAAGUGAAGAUGAGGUCGCACUGCAGCCGCUCUCCAAUCAGGUUGGUGGCCACACACGUCUUCUACUGUUGAAUCAAUCCACUGUCAUAAAGCCAUUGAAUUUGCGUGAAUUGGACUUUUAUCAAAACAUUCCGCACGAUGUACAGAAGUUUGUGCCCAAAUACAAAGGUGUGAUGCAAGCGACCACAAUGGGCGGUGCGAAAUUGGAAAAACGGUACUCGCCGAGCUUCCGCGAGGAGCCGGUGCGUAAAAUGAGCACCACAAAGCGGAAACGAGAUGAUGUGCUAAGGAUGAAAGUUCAUAAGAAUGGAAAUGCUGCCGAUGUUAUAAAAAGUAUUUCGCAAUUAGACAACACAAAUAAGCAAUAUUUCCUUAUGCUCGAGAACAUCACUUCGCAAUUUCGUAAUCCAUGUAUUUUGGACUUGAAAAUGGGCACACGUCAGCAUGGUGAUGAUGCCUCGGCGGAGAAGCGCUGCAAACAAAUGGCCAAGUGUGCGGCUAGCACAUCGGCAUCGUUGGGCGUGCGCCUUUGUGGCAUGCAAACCUAUCAGGCGCAUAUCGAUCAAUAUGCCAAGCGCGACAAAUAUUGGGGACGCGAGUUGGAUGAGAGUGGCUUCAAGCAGGCUUUGCAUGACUUUUUUUACAAUGGCUAUCGAUUGCGUAUACGCGUUAUCAAGAAAAUUGUACAGCGCUUGCUACAAUUGCGUCGUGUAAUCGAAAAACAAUCCAGUUAUCGGUUCUACUCGUGUUCACUACUCAUUGUUUAUGAGGGCUAUGAGGAAAAUCCACAGGCUCAUCCCAUGGAUGUUGAGGAGUGGCUUACACCAACCACGCCGAAGUCAGCUACAAAGUCCGCUACUUUCGACUAUCAUCCUGAUAACAGUAUUGAUGAUGAUGACAUCGACGAUGACGAUGAAGAUGUAGUAGAUGCCGAUGAUGACACUGCCGGUCAUGAUGGUGGUGAUGAACUGGAGCCACACGAAACAGAGGAUGAUGACCUGCAUAUGGUUGCAGCGGAUAGCGGUAAUGCGUCAGCGACCAAUAGCAGCACCGGCGGUGAUCCAUGCUGUUAUGAUGCUGAUGCCUCGAAUGAUUCUACGAACGCAGCCGGUCUGAAUCUCCCUGCCACACGUCGCAAACGCGGUUUGACAGAGGCAACUCUGGAGAGAUCGCGUGGCUUCGCAGAUGUAGUAACACCAGUGCGCGGUUAUGAUGAGGACUCAGCUGCAUCAGCCACAGGUGUCAAUACUGUUAACGAUGCAGUAUCCAUGCCACCACCGUCAAUAGCAGGAUUAAGUACAGAUAGCAAUAAUGCUGUGUGCACCGGUGGCAGUAACAGUAAUCCGCCAUUCAUUCCAAUCUCCGAAGAAACAGUAUUUCUCGAUCCCGAGCCGCCAAUGCCAAGCGUUUCGACAUCUUCACCGCACUCGGGUGACUCUUGGAUGAACUAUAGUAGCAAUAGCAGUGAUGAUUUCUCCGGACUUUCUGAGCAAAUCAAAGCGGUCACCAGUGGUCGCCAAACGGGCGAUAACAGUUCGGACGAGGCCAGCUCUGAUUAUGAUAGCAGCAUAAUUGGUCAAACAGAGGUGAUGCUGAAACGUUACAAAUCUCAGCAAGAAUCCUUUGAUAUUUCACCUUUGACGCAAGCGACCGAAGUACCGCUUAUGUCAACAACAACAACGGCGCGUCUACCGCAUACGCUCGCCUCAUCUGCGUGCUCUACACCACCGUUGCCACCGGGAAGUGUUGGAAAACUAUCUGCAUCCGUUGCUAACUCUUCCCCCACCUCCUCGACUGCGUCCUCGCUGAAAUCAGUGCGCGGUGCAGUUAAACGUCUACGUUGCAAAGACGCCGACGAUGAGGAUGAAGUGACAGCCAGCGAUAAUAAAAAAGACGGUAUAUCGACGUCUUCGCAAGCGAAAAAAUCAACAACAACACUGAGUCUAAGCAGCGUAGUUACGGGCGCAGGGAGUAGCAGUAGUGCAGCACCAGUGUCGUCUACACCGACCUCCGUCAACGCAUCGCCUGUGAAAACGCCGCUCAUGACGCCGACCUCAACAACAUCCGGCAUUGAAAGCACAGUAGAUAAAAUCAAGAACACACUGCUCGCUGGCAUACAAGAGAUACACAAUACGAGCAGGAGCAACAAUGUAAGCAAAAAGAAGGCUACAGCGACGCGGUUGACUUUACAACAUGCCUCCAAAUCCCUGGAUAUCGCAGGCUGUCAAGCAUCCGCAACUACCGAAGAUGCACGAUGCCUUGUAGAUGUGCGUCUCAUUGACUUUGCGCACACGGCAUUCGUGCCGCGCAACGGUGGCGGAUUGCUGCAGCAGGCAACCUCCAGCACUCCCGUACAUCAUGGACCAGAUGGUGGUUUUCUAACGGGGCUAGACAGCUUAAAUCGCUUACUCAACGAUAUUCUUACCGAAGAGGUUUGCGUAUAAGCGUGCUGUGCACGCAUAAAACUGCGUGCAACAUUCAAUUGGUGUAUGAGCACCUCCACAUGCUGAAAAAGUGCAAGCAAAACGCCAGCAGUUUAAAAAACGCUUCGAGCGCAGACCUUACGCGUAUCUAUUUCACACACUGAAAUAUAAAUCCACCAACAAUUACAAAUACAACGUAGAGGUAUACUUGUGGCAGCACCGCAACCAGCCCAGACAAAACUAGCCCUCCACAAGCCCCCACCAUUGCACAAUUGACUGAGUAUGCGGCGUGAAUGGUAAUUUUUGGAAAAACAAAAACAGCGAAACGUGUGUGAUCGCCUGAUGGGAGCGUUUGAACAACUAAAUUUAAGUGUAAAAUAGAAAUUAAUAACUACAAAUGAUAGGAAAAAUGUUUAUGGAGUAAUUGGAAUUUGAGAACCGUGCAACCGAGAGAGAAUUAGAGUGAAAGGAAGUGAAAACUGAAGUGACGCGCACAGCGUUUGGCAGCAAUACAUACACGUAAUUAAGCUUUUUUAAAUUAACUAUUUUAAAGUGCUAUUGGCGUAGGGGCAUGUUAUGAGGGCAAAUAAAUAAAAAUCGUAAAAAAUUCGAAAACAUAAUUCAAAAAAAAAUUAAAUUGUUUGUAAAAUGGCUACUUAUUGACAACGUUUAAAUUUUUAUAAAAUCAUAUUAACAAAAACAGUAAUAAUAGCAACAAGAAGAGAUUAUAAACGUAUAAUUUGGAAGCGUUUUAAGCAAAAAUUAAAAAAGAAACACACAUAUAUCUGAAAAAUUAAAUUUUUUAAUAACCAAAUCUUUACCAUUUGCACUAAAAGAUAUGCAAAAUAACAUCAUUAAAUAUGAUUAAAAAGUUUCAAAAACCAAGCAUUGACAAAUGCAAUUAAUCGGCAAAAUUAAAUAAUUGCAAAAAUUUGCGCUGCAAUAAAAUUUACUGUCGGCUGAACUUAUGCAAACUUA